AUGCCUGCGGAAUUGUUACUCAAAAUUUUCAAGCUCUACGUCCUCUGGUGGAAUGAGCAAGUCGUUCCUCUCGUGGAUCGCGAAUGCGACGAAAAUCCGAAAUAUUCCACGUGCGGCUGGGUCAGACGAAUUACGCAUAUCUGCUAUCGUUGGAGGGUCGUCGCUCUUCGUGACCCUUCUCUGUGGUCGAACGUCUUCUUGACGACCUCACCAGGUGCCCGUAUUAUUUUCGACAGAUCCGGGGACAGUUACCCGCUUUCAGUGCACCGCUACAUGGGGUCUGAGGACUACGACCAUACAUGUCCCAUGUGGUUCCUCAUUCUCCGCCACGCUCAUCGCGUUUCAAAGCUCACGGUCGAGAUCGACAGCACCAAUUUCCCCUUCUCAGGUUGCCAUCCGGUCUUUACCCAGCUCGAGGACCUUACUAUUCAGAGAAAAACGACAGUGAGCGCAUCGACCGCUCCCCCCUUUGCUCAUCCGAAGGUGCUCCCUGCCUUGCGUCGCCUGGCUGUCAGACGACUUCUGGUGCCUGACCUACAACCCUUGUUCAAUGACCGCCUGACGCACCUUUCUCUCACCCUAUGUUCCCAAUACCCUGACCCUGAGUUGCCUUGGAGUGUCUUUCUGCGCAUUUUCUGCUCGAUGAACAACCUAGUGCAGCUGGUCCUAUUCUCAGCUCUCCCCAACGACCCCUAUGGUACCUUGCACGAGGGUGCUGUGAUCCUGCCUAGGCUCCGAAAGCUGCAAAUGAGCGACUACUCGUCAUCCAUUACAGAUUUUUUACGCCUUCUAUCGGCUCCCUCAGAUGCCUUCGUGUAUAUUGGAUGCUGGGAAUCGGUGAUUAUUGGCUCCAACGGGCAAAGAGACUUGGCAGAGCUGUCCGAGCAACUGUCGGCGGCCCUCUCCGAGUCACGUCUGUUAGGGUCCACUGCUCGUUUCCACUGCGUCGACAUCGUAUGCGAGCCGAUGCCUGAAGGCUGGGACCACACAUCUCUGUACGCCUGGCAGAAGGCGUAUCCCGCAUCCGACCUUGAGCCUUUGCGUAGCCGCCCGCAAAACGAAGAAGGUUUACCUGGACUGCAGCUGACGUCGAGCGAUCUCUUCGUGGAGAGUCGCGCCCUGGUCGAGCUGUGCCAGACGCUUCCCUUCCGCGAUGUCCUCACCUUCGCGGUACGUCUCGGAGAUUACAAUUUGACACCUGCGGACUUCAUCGAUAUGUCUUUUGCUAUGCCCAACGUCGAAAACCUUCUUGUUGACAGCGGCCCCGCCAACGGACUCUGCACCGCGUUCCUGCGGAUUCCUGCGAUAGUGUUAUUUCGCAACCUCAAGGUGCUGACGCUGGAGGGUAUGAGGAUAUAUUCCUCCCAACAGCUGGAAGAGUACGAAUCCAUGGACUUGGAGAGAGAGCAGUUAUUCUUGGACCUCGAGACGCUACAGUGUUUCCGAAAAGCCCUUUUGACACGUGCGCUGGAUAGAUUCCCGCUCGAUAAACUCAUCAUCAAACGCGCGUGGAGGGUCGACCAGGGGGACAUCGACACGCUCAAGGAGGCUCUGGAAGCCACCGGGGCUGUUCGCACAAUCGAGUGGGACGGCCUGAUCUUACACGGCGAGUGCGCGCACCCUGACUGCGGUGCACUGUGCGAAUUGCUUGCGUUUGCCAGCGACGAGGACACGGAGGACGAGGAUGAGGAGGAGUCUGGCGAAGAGAAAGAUGGAGCGGAAGAGGCUGACAAAGACGACAGAGGAGAUGGAAUGGACAAAGACGAGUAA